CAAGAUGACAACUUUCGUGCUCUCGUUCUUUUUAGUCUUCGCACAAGUAGUUCGGAAUGGCACCACGCGCCAUCGUCAAGAAGAAAAUAGUGAAAAAGAGGGUGAAGAGGUUUAUUCGCCACCAAUCUGACAGAUAUGAUAAAUUGAAGCAAAACUGGAGAAAACCGAAAGGUAUCGACAACAGAGUGAGAAGACGAUUCAAGGGGCAAUAUCUCAUGCCAAAUAUUGGGUAUGGAAGUGACAAGAAAACGAAACAUUGUCUCCGUGACCAUAGAGGAUUUAAAAAGUUUUUGGUUCACAAUGUUCGUGAAUUGGAGGUCUUGAUGAUGUCUAACAGGACAUUCUGUGCUGAAAUUGCUCAUGCAGUCUCCAGCAGAAAACGCAAAACCAUAGUUCAACGGGCCCAAGAACUUGAUAUCUAUGUAACGAACCCGAACGCAAGAUUACGUAGUGAGGAGAACGAAUAAAUACAAAAGCUAUGGA